AUGAAUUAAGUAUGCUCAUAUAAAUAUUGUAUCAAUACUACUACUAAUAACAAUACAAUAUACUCUUGUACAUAUUGUUAAAACAUCAAAUAUUGUUCCUAGAAAUGUAGAGAUACUGAUUGGUAAAUAAAAAUCUUAUUAUUUAAUAGGACUUUAUUUCAUAAGAAUAAUUGUCGUUAAAUAAAUGGAAAGAGUCAAACUGAACUGAAUGACUCUGCAUCAACUUUGAAAUCAAUUCGUAGAUAACCAGAAGACUUUGAAAUAAUAAUCAAAGAUAAUUAAAUGGAAUUGGGAAAAGGUAGUUAUGGUUGUGUCAAAUUGGUCAAAGAUAAAUAGAAUGGUCAAAUGUAUGCAAUGAAAGUGGUAACUCUCUUUAUUGAAGAUAGAUGAAUAAGAAAUAAAUAUUUGAAUAUUGUUCUGUUGAAAAUCUUAAGAGAGAAAUUAAAAUUUAAAGAAGAUUAUAACAUCCACAUAUAACCAAACUAUUUCAUUAUUUUGAAGACAAAGAAAAUGUAUUUCUUAUAUUAGAAUUAGCAGGUAUAAUAAAUUACUAUAUAUUUAAGACAAUGGAAGUUUAUUUAGUUAUAUAAGAAAAAGAAGAAGACUUCCAGAAAAUGAAGCUUUUGUCUAUUUCUUUUAAACUUGUUUGGGAAUAGACUAUUUACAUAAGAAAAAUAUAAUACAUAGAGAUCUCAAACCAGAAAAUCUGCUACUAGAUAAAUAAGGUAAUGUUAAAGUUUGUGAUUUUGGUUGGUCAGCUGAAACUACUUAAAAUGGAGUUAGAAGAACUUUUUGUGGUACUUUAGAUUAUAUGGCUCCAGAAAUGUUGACUAAUCAACCCUAUAGUUUCACUCUAGAUAUUUGGUGUUUAGGUAUAUUACUAUUUGAAUUAAUCCAUGGCUUUGCUCCAUUCAAAGGGAAAAAUGAAAAUGAAAAAUGCAAUAAUAUUGUUAAGAUGACUCCUAUUGAUUAUGAUCCAUCAUUAUCACUUGAAGCUAAAUAAUUAAUAUAAGGAAUACUCAAAUAUAAUCCUAAUGAGAGAUUAUCAAUGACUUAAAUCUUUGAACAUCCUUGGAUGAAGAAAUACUAUAAAAGUUAUGGAAUUGAUCUAAGAUCUUAUAUACUUAAAGAAGAUAAAAACAAUGAUUCAUCAAAUAGAUCCAUAUCUCCAUAAAAUGAUGAUAUUAUUACUAGAUCAUUUAUUAAAGGACCAUAAUAAAAUAUUAAUAUCGAUUUAAAGCCCUUAUCUAAAUCUUCUAAUUAUGUCUCUUAAUAUAACAAUAACAAUAAUGGGAAAUCGACUGCUUCUUCAAAUUACAACUAAGAAGAAGAAUUUAAAGCAAGAGUAAGCAGACUUUCCUAAAGAUAAUAAAUGUAAUAAGGAUUAAAGGAAAUACAAGGAUAUUCAUAAAGAUAAGAAGAACUUGGUUUUAUGGAUAAAGUAUUUUCAGCAUUUGGAUGUUUAAGUAGAGAUAAAUAAUAAACUCAAUCUCAUAAUUAUUGA